AUGCUUUAGGUGUGGUGGCACGAGUGUCUGGCCCUCAACCCCCUCUCUAUCUGACUGCAGCAGGUUAAACAGUGCCUCGCCGCAGUAUCAUCACUCCUUCCCUCUGGAAUAUACAGACACAGGAGGAUCUCUCUCCUACCAGCUAGGCCUGCUGCUGCAUUACUCAGCAGUGGCUGGGCUUGCUUGCAGGGACUGCAGUCUGGCCGUCGGGCUACCACUGCGUCAGACUGUAACAGAACAACUGCACGGCACUAAAAGCGAAGAGGAGAGAGCACUGGGGAAUCUAAAAGAAGAUACAAAACAACACAGGAGAUAAAAGACUUGUGGGCGUGAAGAGGAGGAAGAAGGACAAAGGAAGUGAGUGGAUGAGAUGACAGGAAGAGAAAGAAGAGAACAGUGUGAUGUUCUCACAAAAUAUAUUCAGAGUUCAGCAGAGUCACACUUGGUCCUCUCAGCCUUGUUCCUGUGUCAGAGUCUUCAAAUCGAGGAAGAAUUCAACGAACACUGCUGAAUGAAUGUGGAGGAUCCUUCCCACUGUGUUAAUAGAACUUGACCUAUAUCACAUAAUCAUCAGUGUUCAUACUCAGCAGGACAGACCGAUUUCUAACAACAAACCCUGGUGGUGCUUUUAGAGAGGAUUCUUCACUCUGUUGAGCCUAAGGACAAAGGUUAGAUUUAAAAAGAGGAAUAACUGGGAGAGCCAGAGUCAAAAUCUUCCUCCAGGUACUGUAUGUUGGACAGGAUGUGACUGGAAAUUAGAACAGCAAGCGAAAUCCUCCGACGGCAGAACUGUAACAGCACAAGCCAGCAAAAUGCCGUGCUCACCUUUCCGAAUUGGAAGGCCAAGAAAAUUCUGGAAACAAGAUGGGAGUGACCCUCGAAUCUCUGCAACACUAGAGCCCCAGCUGUUCCAGCCCACAGUCCCAUACACCACCUCGCCAAUCCACAAGACCCCAGAUUUAUUUGAAAUGAUUGAAAAGAUGCAGGGCAACAGGAUGGAUGAGCAGCGAUGCACUUUUCCUCCCCCUCUCAAGACAGAGGAGGACUACAUUCCAUACCCAAGUGUCCAUGAGGUGUUGGGCAGAAAAAGUCCAUUUCCUCUCAUCCUCCUGCCACAGUUCGGGGGUUUUUGGAUUGAAGGGAUGAACCAUGAGAUGAGUGAUGCGGCGGAAACAGAACCGCCGCAGCCUCUGUCUCCGAACACCCGCACCAAGCUGGAAUGUAACCCAACGGCUAUACUCUUCCGCAAACACUUCCUGGGCAAGGAGCACUUUAAUUACUAUUCAGUGGACAGCGCCCUUGGACAUCUGGUGUUCUCUCUAAAAUACGAUGUGAUUGGUGACCAGGAACAUCUCCGACUAAUGCUCAGGACCAAGCUGAAAACCCACCAUGAUGUGAUCCCCAUUUCCUGUCUGACAGAGUUUCCCAAUGUGGUCCAAAUGGCCAAGCUUGUCUGUGAAGAGGUCAAUGUGGACCGCUUUUUUCCUGUCCUUUAUCCAAAAGCUUCAAGACUUAUUGUCACCUUCGAUGAACAUGUGAUUAGCAACAAUUUCAAGUUUGGGGUCGUUUAUCAAAAGUUUGGUCAGACUUCAGAGGAAGAGCUGUUUGGCAACAGUGACGAGAGUCCUGCCUUUGUAGAAUUCCUGGAGUUUCUAGGAGAGAAAAUUGAGCUGCACAACUUUAAAGGUUUCCGCGGAGGGUUGGACGUGACUCACGGCCAGACUGGCACUGAAUCCGUCUACUGCAACUACCGCAACAAAGAGGUCAUGUUCCAUGUGUCCACGAAGCUGCCUUUCACGGACGGGGACACCCAGCAGUUGCAGAGAAAGAGGCACAUAGGGAACGACAUCGUGGCCAUCUUAUUCCAAGAGGAAAACACUCCCUUUGUACCUGACAUGAUCGCCUCCAACUUCCUUCACGCCUACAUUGUGGUCCAAGUGGUCAACCCCUGCACUGACAAUGUUUUCUACAAGGUGUCAGUGACAGCGCGGGAUGAUGUACCUUUCUUUGGCCCGGCCCUCCCAAACCCCGCUGUCUUUAAAAAAAGCCCUGAAUUCCAUGAAUUCCUUUUUACUAAGCUCAUCAAUGCAGAGUACGCCUGCUACAAAGCUGAGAAAUUUGCCAAAUUAGAGGAGCGAACGAGGUGCGCCUUGUUAGAGACCCUUUAUGAGGAGCUCCAUGUGAACAGCCAGGCCAUGAUGGGUAUUGGAGGAGACGACGACAAGCUGGAAAACGGGAGUGCGGGAGGAGGGGGCUUCUUUGAGUCCUUCAAGCGGGUGAUGCGCAGCAGGAGCCAGUCUAUGGACGCCAUGGGUCUUGCUUUGAAGAAGCAGCACACAUUCUCCACUAGCUUCAGCAGCAGCUUUAACAACGAGCCCGCAGAGAGCCCCAAAUUCCCAGGGAUAUCAUUGCUUGUCCCAGGCAAAAGUCCCAGUAAAUAUGGACGUCGAGGCAGUGCCAUAGGGAUAGGAACAGUAGAAGAGUCUUUGAUAAUCCCGGGGAAAAGCCCGACCAGGAAAAAGUCUGGUCCUUUCAGCUCCAGGCGAAGCAGUGCCAUUGGUAUUGAAAACAUUCAAGAAGUCCAUGAGAAGAGUAGAGAGAGCUCCCCAAAUACCCAGAAGACCCCCGACAGCGGUCACGUCUCGCAAGACCCCAAAUCUGACAACUCGUCCAAUCAGAGCUCUCCCGAGGUGCUCACAACCGCCAAGAACAGUUCUUAUCUCGGUGGCAGGGCCCCAUCCAUCCCCGAGGGUCAUGACCUCUCCCGCUCCUCCUCCAACGCUAGCAGCUUCGCCAGUGUGGUGGAGGAGCACGAGACAGAGGCCACGGAGGACUAUGACACAGGCAUGGAGAGUCUGUCGUCUGCCGGGACGCCACACAAGCGAGACUCCCUCACAUACAGCACCUGGCUGGAGGACAGCGCCAACAGCGCCAACAACGCCAGCACCCCCAGUCGCGGCAGCUCCCCAGGGCCUGGUAAACCUGAGCGAGGGAAGGGGACAGACGUCCGUAUCAAACUGGAACGACCACACGAUCAUCAGUCCUCAUCGCAUUCCCAUAAGUCACAAUCCCUCUGGGAGGUGAGACAAGUGCAGGCGUUCGCCAUGACCAGUGAUGAGAAGGACGAAGACGAGGACGGUGACAAGGAAGAGAAAAGGCAGGUGGAGCCUGGACAGUCUGCUGCUCAGUGAGCGCCACGGUGCAGCAUAUCCAGAAACCUGGAGGACACUGGGAGAGGAUGACGCACAAAGAGGGGCCAGCUUUUGCACAGUGUUGUUUCCUUCCACUCUUUUCUUUGCCUGUUCACAAAUCUGUUGCCUAUCUGUGAUUUUUUUUUACCCCACCUUUUGUCUCAAAAGCGCACAUUUCUAUCUACAAAUGUAAUAGUUUUAUUUGAAAAAGAUAUAACUUUGGUUUCUUGUUGAGCCCAUUGUGUGCUGGCUAUACAGGGUAAAGACAGUGCCAUUGAGCUCUUAGUAAAGACAUUGAGAAGAACUUUUUGCUGCAAUAUAGAGAAGAUAACUGCCUGGAUGGUUUUACCAAAUCAACAAAGGUUUUCGGCUCAAUAAAGAUCUUUAAUGUAUACAUAACACCAAAUAUUCAGCUUCAAAAAUGGGUAUUUUCUAACAAAACCUCUAAUGUGAUAUAGAAUUGUUCUCACGGAUGCUGUUAAAUGUGAUUAUUUUCUGGGUAAAAUACAAAUAGAAGGACCGUGUGUAGCUGCAGCGAAACAAUUGUGCUCUUUCCUUUAUGACCCAAAUCUCCACAAGAUUAGAUUUACAGUGAAGAGAGCAAUGUAUCGUAGAUAACGUGAUGAAAUGGCCUUAAAACUUUCUUUGUCCCUCAAAUUUAUUUUACCUCACUGUUUUGACUCGCGUGUACUGCAGCCAAUAAUGGGAUUGCAGUAUUAGAUUAACUGUAAAACUAAUAUAUUCAGAAUCAUUUAUAAGCACACUAGUUUCUUUAAAAAAAAUGGUGUUGCAAUGCAGUUCUACUUCAGCGUUGUCUGUGUGUCUGUUGAUGUAUGGAUUUAUCCAUCAAUGACUGAUCUAACUGCUUUGACCGUCUUGUCUGUUGGUCUCUACCAGUCUCUACAUUAUGUUCUGAGUUUUUCUCUCUAAUGUAUGUUUUUAUUUAUUGACUUGGUUCCUGUCGAAGUGGCAUUUAUAGCGUACAUCUGUUAUACUGUACCUCCAUGGUGACUACUGUUCAGCAUCCUGCCAUAUACUGUAUGUGUUGCUUUGGAGUAAAUUAUAAUGUUGUCAUCUGUAAAGUCUCUUUCAAGGGUCACAUCUCUUUCAGUGCAGUAAAUUUGCAAUGCAAUUAUAAUAAAACGGGGAAUAUUUAUUUGCUUUUAAAGUGAGAAAACAACUCAAAACAAAACUACUGAUUUUUUUGUAAAUAGAUAUUUAGUCAGAGUGUAUAAUGUACAGUAUAGGCCAUUGAUUUAAAAUGGGAUUGACCGACAUCUUGAAAUUACUGCCAAGUUAACAAUUUAUUGUUGUUUUAUUUCUCGUACCCUAUACUUAUAAAUAUUAUUUUGAGAAGAGAGUUUUGUAGAAGAGAAAUAUUUUAAAAAGCUGUUCAAACUGUUCUGUAAAAGGGAAAUCUCAUCCUGCUGAUCAUUUCAGUUGCCUUAUCAUUACAAACUGAUGGUGUAAGUAUAGAUAGUGAAGUGAAAAGGCAGCAGGAUUUACAAUGAAAUGAAUGUUUUGUUGUUGUUGUUUUUAUUGUAAAUAAAUGCCCUGAGAACUUUA